AUGUUUGAUGAGCUCCUUGAGCUCAAUGUUAACAACUCAGAUGUCAUCAAGACCCACACCCUCAUCCAGUUUGCAGAAGCACUACAAUGCAACACACAUGUGAAGACAUUUGCUUUAGCCAACACCCGGGCUGACGACCAUGUGGCUUAUGCCAUUGCCGGCACUCUGUGGAACAACACGUCUCUGACCAGCGUCAUCCUUGACUCCAACCACCUCACUGGCAAGGGAAUUUUGGCCGUGGUACAUGCCUUAGAGAAAAAUGUAACCGUCGCUGAACUGCGCUUCCACAACCAACGGCACAUCUGUGGAGGCAAGACAGAGAUGGAGAUGGCCAAUGCGUUGAGAAACAACACCAGGUUGAUGAAGCUGGGCUACGGCUUUGAGCUGGCCAGCCCAAGGAUGACCAUGACUAACAUCCUGAGUCGGAACAUGGACCUGCAGCGGCAACGUCGACUGGAGGAGAAGAAACAGGCACAGCUGCAAGCCCAUUCAUCCCAGCAGCCUCAGCCAUUCCAGCCAUCAUGCCAGACACCACAACCACAGACCAACACAAAAAAGAACACAUUGCCUUUGGGGAAGUUUUCUCUGGAACCUUCAUCUCAACCCCAACCCAAGUCUGUUGGUGAGACUAAGAGGACAGGAAACCUGAAAACAUCUCAUUUUUUGCCUCCCUCUAAACCCUUACCUGAACCCUUCCACAAGGUGAGCGGCAAAGCUGGGGAAAAGGUGAGCCCUAAGGCUGUGGGUAAGCUAAACCCUAAGGCUUUGGGUGGUAGAUCUGGACCAGGGUCUACACCACCUCCGCCUAAGGUUGGGGAUGGUGGAUCUCGUCCUGGGUCUCCACCACCUCCACCUCAGGCUCCUAAAGCUGGCCGAUCUGGACCAGCACUACCUCCCCCUCCUCCCCCUGCCCCAGUGUUGGAGGGCCUAAGGAAAGCCCUUAUGCCUGCCUCACAGAGGAAACUCAAUGGGCUGACUUCACACCAAGGAGAGAGGAACACUAGGGAUCAGUUGCUGGACUCCAUUCGCAAGAGCACUAUGAAAGCUCUAAAAAAGGUUAGAUCAGGAGAGGAGUGGAAGUUAUUUGUGAAAGCAGCAUGAUAAUGAUAUCAGCACAAUGUGAUUAAUGUGGUGAACAGCCAACAGUAUGAGAGGAAUUUUCAUUACAUCUGUAGACUGUAAAUUACUGUUUUAUAUAUAUAUAUAUAUAUAUAUAAAGCCAGCAUUUCCCUUGAAAUUACAGUCAGGAAGAAUAUUGGUGAAUAAAUCAAAUCUAAAUCUCUUGCAGGUUGAUGUUCCGAAGCUGCUUGAGUAA